AGUCUAUUUUUAUAUUUGUUGUUGGAAGAGUUAUUAACAUGUGAUAAUUACUUUAUCGUUGCAACCGCCAUUCAGCGGAUUGCCAUCUAUUUCUUUUUCACUCCAUUUGCGUUCACUCCGAAUAUCGAAACCUUUUUUUUUUCUUCUGUCGCUGCAACAAAGAUGUCGCUACGCACCCGCUUACAAUUACCGAUUUGCGUUCUGUGGUCAGUUGACGUUUGUCAGCCUGUCUGUUGUGUCAUGUAUUAGUAAAUAAUAAUUUUGUCUAUGGUUUCAUGUAAUAUGAAGCAUAGAGGGUUGGCGAUUUAAUCGUUGGCCAAUCCUUUCGGCAUUUCUCAAAAUAACUAGAGCGAAGUGCGUCCCAUCAGACUCGCAAUCUGCGCGACCUUAAACGCCUAUAAAUAACAGUUUGAUGUGAAGAGUUGAUCGCGAUGUCCACGUUUAAAGUGCGGGUACUCUACGACUUCCAAGGGGAACCGAACACAGCGGAAAUAUCGAUAUCCGCUGGCGAAGUCUUAACCGUAACGAGGACAGAUGUCGGCGAAGGCUGGUGGGAAGGCUUGAACAGUCGCGGGAAGUCGGGGCUUUUCCCAGAAGCCUAUGUCGAGAAAAUCGAAGGCGGUGGUCCUCCCACCAUACCGGCCCCACCGUUGCCACCACAGGGCGGUUGGGGCGACGCACCUCAGCAAGAUCAUGAUGACUGGGACGACGAUUGGGAUGAUGAUACCUAUACCGAAAUCCCAGGCAACAAUCACCAGCAGAGCAUUUACAGUAACGAGUCAAAUCAGAAUGUGUACGUCCGGCAGGCAAGCGAUAACGUGUCGUUAAGUGGUAGCACUGUGGGGGUGGAUAAUAGGGGGACCAUUACCAAGAAGAGCUUAAAUAUUUUUUCUUCAUAUGUUAAGAGCGGACUGGAAAGUUAUAUAUUAGGUACCACGAAAGACGUGUCAAGCAGCGGUUCCAAACGUAUUCACAUAUACAGGGACAGUGACGACACUUUGGGCAGAUGGGAGGCGAUAUCGAAUCCUUACACUGUUCAAAUCGCGUCUCCGAAAAAAGCUUCUAAAAUGGGCGGCCUCAAAUCUUUCAUAGCAUAUCAGUUAACUCCGUCAUUUACAAACAUCGAAGUUUCUAGACGGUACAAGCAUUUUGAUUGGUUACAUGACAGACUGACGGAGAAGUUUAACAUGAUAGCUAUACCUCCAUUACCAGACAAGCAAGUGUCAGGUCGGUAUGAAGAAAUGUUUAUAGAGCACCGACGGGCUCAGCUCCAAGAGUUUAUCAAUUACAUGUGCCGACAUCCGGUGCUAUCUAUGUGUGACGUGUGGAUUCAUUUCCUAACUUGUACCGACGAGAAGCAAUGGAAACAGGGCAAGAGGAACGCCGAAAAAGACCAACUGAUUGGGGCGAAUUUUUGCCUGUGUGUUGAAGCGCCAGAAAAGGAGAUAAUGCCCUCUUUGGUCGAGACGAAAAUCGACGAAAAUAUAAAUUAUAUGGCGAAAAUGGACCAGUGCAUCAAGAAUUUGAUGAUUACGAGUCAGGACCAGCAGAAGAAGUGCGCGACCAUGUACAGCAAAGAGUUUAGCCGAAUUGGGGAGGCUUUUUUCGCACUGGGGUCCGCGUUCGAGUACAACCAACAGGGAAUGUACUCAAAGGCGUCCGUCGACGUCAAAAACAUCGGUUCCACUUACAUAAUGAUCGGUAAACUGUACGAGGAACAGGGCAAAAUCGACUGGCAACCAUUGUUCGACAAACUUUACAUUUACAAAGGCAUCACCGCAAAUCUGCCGGACAUAUUGCACCUACAAAAGAUGGCCGAACAGAAAAAGAAGGAGUGUGAGCGUAACAGUCAGACGCAGCAGGUGGCGCUGACGGAAGUCAGGCGUAGGUCGGACGUGGUGACGUACACCGUGUUUGCGGAACUGAACCACUUCCAGCAGGAGCGCGACAACGACCUGAAGAGGGCGCUGAAGGAUUUUUUGUCCGAGCAGUUGAACUUUUAUAGGAACGUCGUCUCGAAACUCGAAGAGACUUUGGAUCAGUUCGAGUGAGCCUGGUUUGUCGUUGGGGGGCGGGAGAGAAGCUGGGGUUGUCUUGCCUUACGUCAUCGGAAAGUUUGGUAGAACGGGGAACAUUGCAUUUAUAGAAGUAUUUUGUGGAAUUUAUAGAAAAGUAUGUGUAUACAAUUUUUGUUUAUAUGUAUUGGAUGUAAAGAGUGAUGAGAUGCCGCGAAACCGGGUUGGAUGCCGUUGAACCAAUUUUCCAAUAUUGUUUUAUAAUUGUAUAUACUUUACAUAGUAUUAUUUAUACGUUAUAGUUAACGUUAUAUAUCAUCGUGUGUAUAAUAAAAUUUUUAAUUGCGCUAUAUUUUGUUUCCUUUCGGAUGGUUUGGGAUUUUCUUUUUUUUUUUGUAAUACAGUAAUUACCCAAUUACAAAAAAUUUUAAUAGGUGGCACUGUCGCU